CUCACGUGCACCAAACAAAACACAGACGGUGGGUUGACAUGUCUGCAGUUUAAUGGUCUCUGUGCUGCAGCAGUGCAGCCCGGGCCCUGGACUGAAGACUUCUAACGCUUUUUAAAACCCUUCGGAGACCAAGGUGGACACCCUUUGUUGAAACAUGGCAGAGGGAGGCUUUGACCCUUGUGAGUGCAUCUGCACCCAUGAGUAUGCUAUGAGGCGCCUCAUCAACCUGCUCAGGCAAUCUCAGUCCUACUGCACAGACACAGACUGCCCUCAGGAAUUGCCGGGUCCUACUGGGCCAGUUGGCGGAGGAGGUGAACUGACCCUCUCCAUGGUUCUCAUGGGAUGGGCGGUGCUGGCUCUGCUCCUGUUUCUGUUUCGCCCAUCCAGUCUCAGGGGUACCCGUCCCACAGGCAAACCUACUGGACCCCACAAUAGGGAUGGCAGAGAGCCUCCAGCACCACCUGUUGACUAACAGCGGAGGGUACCGGCACGCACCCACCUGCUCUGACUGGAGCUGCAGUUAGGGACUGUGACCUGGACAGCACCAUCUCCCCAUCAUUCACAUAUCUUUUGCUUUUUUUCUUAUUUUAAUGUCAUUGUGUUUUUGGGGUAGAUCUGUCUUUGAUUGCUUUUGCUAGAGCCCAGCUGAUACCGAACUGAUGAGGCCAAUAUCGAUGUGAAACGUGAAAAUGCUAAUGUUUUUACAUAGACAUACAGCAUAAACAGUUUGGGCACACACUGGUGAGAAGAACCUUUGAUCAGGGACUGUCUAGGAAAUUUAAAUAACAAUACAUAAAAACACAAUUUUGCCACAAGCCAAACUUAAAUUUAAGAGACAUAAGUACUAAAAAUAUUGUUUCUUUUAUCUGCAGAUACAUACAAGUCCGUUUGACUGACAAUACUGGCCGAUAAUACCAGCAUGUGGUUAUAUCAGCUGGGCUCUAUGUGAGAGUCACGACGCCUUUAAUCUGAAGGCGGGGCAUUGCUCUUAGUCACCCGCCCAUCUGGUGCUGACUGAUGUGCAAAAAAUCAGAUGUGAACUAAAAUGAAGGAAUGUGUCACAUGGGAGGGAGGAGGGGGUUAAACAGUUCUUACUGAGUGAUCUCGGGUGGCGUUUUUUCUCUGAAACAUUCCUGUCUUUCCACUAUACAUUUACAUCUCUAAACAGUGCCAGUUAUGAUGUCAUAUCAUGUAAUGUUUUGAUAGCAUAUUUUAACCAGCAGAACGAUUAAAUAUAAUACAUUUAUAUGGAAAAACUAAAUUCUGAAUAGAGUGCUGUAGGGAUGAAGUUUAAUUUGUAGGUCGACACGGAAGUUAGCGUCACACUGGUUCUCUCAUCAGAAAUCCAGUGGGAUUUUUUCUUUGGAUUAUGGCAGAAAAUAAGGGAUAGGGGAGUAAAUCAAUAAUUUCAUAUUUGCUGAUAUCACAAAGUUUUGAGUUCAAUUCAAUUCAGAGGCCUGUGAUUGAUAUGAGACGAUAUCAGUAAAUGUCUUCAUCAUCUUUUUCUUCGCCUUGCUGCUAGCACUGUUUGAACGUUAAGGACUAAGUUUUGUUCAGACGAAAAAAUGAGUUUGCAGCCGUGCCAUGGGAAUUUCAAAGUAAAGGCGUAUGUCAAGAAUGACAAUAUGUAUCAAUAUUUUCACUUUAUACUGUUGCAGAAAAAACAAACACUAGAUUAUGCUCUGAUAAAUAUUUAAUACAAACACUCCUGAGGUAACAUUUUGAGCUAAAUGCUUUUCAUCAGACAAGUUAACACAACUUCAAAUACUUCCUUCCCUGUCACAUUUUAUAGGAAGUAUUUAAUGGUGUGUGCAUCGUUAACUUGUCUGAUGAAGAACAUGUAGCUAGAAACGUCCCCUGGAUGGUAAUUGUAUUAAAUAUUUAUUGCAUAAUCCUUGUGUGGAUUUUGGAUUUUUUACUCUUGUAUUACCUAUUUUUUUUGUCAUGUGGAUGUGCGUGCUUUCGUGAACUUUUUGUUUCACUUUGCAUUGUUGAACAUUGAAUCAGUGUUGGUCCACAUCAAUUCAUCGUUACACCCCUACUCUGUGACAAACAAAAGUUUAUAAUACUUGUUCGAUGUUUUUUUUUUCCAGCACGAUAAUCUUCACAAAUAAAAACCACUUUCAUGAUUUUUAAAGCGUAAAUGAAAUCCCCAGAAGUGAGGCUUGUGACACUCUGCAGUCUCAUUUAGCCACUUGUGAGGAAUUGCCUUUUUUUUAAAGACACAUAAAAGCUUCAAAAUUCAGGAGUGGGGUGUGUGCAGAUGCAUUUUAUGUUGCAGAACAAAAAACUGAGAGUCUCCUAAGCUUGUGUUAACAACAGAGCUUAUUUCUAACCAAAAAAAUCCAUUGACCUCAAAACGAGAGAACCGGGAGGGCUAAAACGCUAACUAAUUUCUGGGUUUUAGGACUAAUUUCUGCAGCACUCUAUGAGGAUUACAGUAACGUGGCAUAUUGAUUUUUUUUAAAGCAGUAAAUUUUUUUUCCUGUUGUUUACAUCCAGACCUCUAGUAGAUGACAUAUUCCAGCAAAUAGUCCGGUCUGUUGUAUGAACUGUAUUUCCAAGAACACGUCUGUCCCUUUAAGUAACUGUUGGUUUGUAGUAGAAGUGAUUGAGACGGCAGUGACGGGUCUGUUGAAGAAGCUUAGAUUUGACAGUUAAAAGCUCACAUUUCAUUUCACAAAGUUUAAAUGAACUGGGUUACAGGUGCACAGACAGGGUUUAUUAAAUGUGGUCAUUGUAAAACAAUAUACUCAGCACAAACAUUUUAUUCAUAUCAAAAUGAUUCCUUGUACUGUAAUUGUUUAGUAGUUAAAAGAUAAUUGUACUCUGACGUAAUAGUAGCAGAUAAUCAUAUUUUAUUAGCACUUUUGUUGUCAUUUAUGAAUGAAGGCGGGUUGUUCAUGAUCUUUUCUAACUGAGAAUCACAGCAGCAUAUAUGGGAGUAAAUCCAAAGUUUCUACUGCACAGCUUCUAUAUGAUAAUAUGUCAGUGGAAAAGGUGCAAUAUCAAACAGUGCCAAUGUAACUUUAAAGUUCUGGUCUUAGUGCUAAUUCAGAGACAAACGUCUUGUGAAAAAAAACAGCAAUAUUUGAGCUCAUUUUUACUUUGAGAUAAGAAGACGAGAGACGGAUCUGCAGCGGAAGUCUUCUUUCCCGUUUUUUCUCAUCCGGGUCAUUUUCUUGUUGAUUACUCUUGGUCCAGAGCUCUGUUUUAUACAUGACGAAUCUUACAUCUAAAGGAUUUUAUAGAAGGUUUAUCCGCUUGAUGAAAAAGUUGAAAGGAAAUUAGUGAACAGAAAAAUGGAAACCUCAGAACAAUAUAAAGUGAAUGUUGUUUUGUUCCAUAACAUGUAUGUAAAUGACACAACUUCACCGCAAACCACAGCCUCAGAGUUACUGAAGAGAGUCGAUCCUUUGAUACAAUCUCAAGAAAAACUGAACAUUAUAAUGAGUGGUAUCUUUUUUUAAUGUCUGUCGUUGGCUAUAGGAUUGUGGUACAUGAUAGAGAGUUUUCUGUUUUUCUAGUCACUGACUGUAUCUUUGUCGUGCCCCUGUCAUGGUAACAUGGCUAUUUUGUGUCUGGGCCCUGGAUUAUGUUCCAGGGUGCUUGUGAUAUCAGACGUUACAUGGUUAGUCUUUAAAUUGAAGUGUCUUUCUUGAAUACGUGGUGUAACAGUUAAGAACUUGGAUAUGAUCAUCACAACAGUCUUCAAUGGCUACUCUUUAUUACUGAAUCAGCAAAAGUCCUCUAAAUGUCUUUACAUCUUUCCAAACUUGCUUGGAAGAUGGCACAGAGGAGAUCUGAGGAAGGAAAAAGUUAAGAAGUUGUGUAUAAUUAAAGGGAAAGCCAUACUGGAUUGUUGAGAUGAACAAGUGGAUGAUGUGGUACCACAGAGACCUUGAUUUACACUGUUUCUGUCUAAGAGAAAAAGGGCUUCAACUAUGCACUUUUCCUAUAACAAAACAAAAAAUAAAAAAAAAUCAGUCUUA